AACGGUCGGUGUGCAAAAUUUACUCCUAGAAGGAGUCUACGAAUGUUAGAAAUUUGCUGUUUUGGUAGGGUGGAUCAAUCGGAAUCCUAAGACCUUUUCGAGAAACCAGGUGAAGUCUCAGAUUUUUUCCUCGAAUGAUCUUUCUUUCUCGGAGAAAGCACUGAACCAUGAAAUCGAAGUGAAUCUUUAAAGGUUAAAAGCCCUUCAAAUGAAUGGAACCAUUACCGAAGUUUAAUUGAUAGCAUUGUGUCAAUCUAGUGAAGGACCCGGAAGAUUUGUCCCCUCUUGAAGGACAUCAAUAAAAAAAAGAAAACAGAUAAAGGAACCGAACGAAAACCUAUCAACGAAUUAGCAACAAUAAUAGAUACAUCAACAUCAAACGGAAGAAAAGUGUUGCCCGGAAGUGUUUAGUUAGUGAAGAGAGUGGAAGAAAGGAAGCAAACUAAACCAAGAAGAAGUGGUCCGUCUAAGGAAUACAGAAAAGUGUCACUCAGUGUUGCUGGGUUAGGGGACAGAUUCUGCUCAGGUAGAGAAGAAGAGAGGGAAAUAAUCAUGACAACGAUGGCAACAAGCGGUUCCGCAAUCAUGGACUGGGAUAUUGACAUCUUCAACCUAGACAUCGACGAACACGCUCUUGACUACAGCAUCCAGUCCAUCAUGUCUGACUCGGCUGAUUCCAUAUUCAGCAGUUUGUUGUUGCCGUUACCGUCUGUUGCUUUGGCUGGACCAUUGAAUGGAGCCAUUUCCAACCAACAAAAUCCAACCAUGAGCGACCACGGCGAGCAAACAUCCCCGACUUCAUCUCCAUCAUCGCCCUGGUCAUCCACAUCCGAUCUGGAGCUUUUGGACCUGGAAGCACCCGUCGAUAGUGGAAUGACGUCCAGUUGCCCUACAUCGCAAUCGCCAUCAUUGAUGCUGCUUGAAUCCACCAUGAAGCCACCAGAAUGCAUUUCGCCAACGUCACUCGAAGCUCAGUUGAACGACCGGGACUCGGGUCAUUCCAGUGGAUCAUCCUCGUUGGAUUCGGAAGAAUCACUUUCCGAGGCUUCGCCGUCGGAAAUUUCCAGCCAGGGCGGCAGUGAUACGGAAAAUGAUGGUCCGGAAUAUCGACCGCACAAGUGCGCCGAAUGCGGGAAAAGCUACACCCGGAAGCUGUAUCUGAUGCGGCACUACGUGCAGCACACUCGAGAACGACCGUACAAGUGUGAGGUUUGCGAGAAGAGUUUCGCGUACGCUAGUUCACUGUCAUCGCACCGGAAGUUACAUUUGGCGCGGUGUGAGCAUCGUUGCGACAUCUGUAGUAAGAUUUUCACAACGGAAGAGCUACUCAAUGCCCACAAAACGUCAGCUCACUUCGGAGAACGUCCUUACAAAUGUAAACAGUGUAAAAAAUCGUUCGUCCUGUUGCAUGCCUACAGGGCCCACAAAAACUGGCAUCAGCAGUUCAAUCCGUACAAAUGUUCCGUCUGCGAUCGUCAGUUUAUGAAGAAGAUAAGCUUAAAGUGUCACCUGAGGGUACACACCGGGGAAAAACCUUUCAGUUGUGACAUUUGCCAGAAAAGUUUCACCCUUUCAUCGACCCUGUCCACGCACAAAAAACUACACGGGGAAAAACCCUCGCUACAGUGCGAAACGUGUGGGCGGAUUUUUACGCAAGCCAGUGCUUUAUCGACGCAUCGGCAUCUACACACGGAGACGCGCCCUCAUAGUUGCGACCUUUGCGGAAAACGAUUUAUCCGGUUGCAUGCGUUGAAAAUUCACAUCCGAACACACUCGAACGAGCGGCCCCAUCAGUGUGAUUUGUGUCCCAAAACUUUUUCGGAGAAACAUGUGCUCAUGAGACAUCAGAAGACUCACACAAACGAGCGCCCAUACAUCUGCGACACCUGUGGCAAAGCUUUCAAGGAGAAGUACGACCUCUACCGACACGUGCUAAUUCAUUCGGGGCUGAGGCCACACAAGUGCGACGUGUGCCAGAAAACUUUUGUGCAAUCCAAUGCACUCUCGAAGCAUCGCAGGAGACACGAACGGAAGAAGGACGACAGCCCGGAAGUGGAGGAAGUGUUAAAGACCGGAAGCAAAAACUCCAAGACGACCAAGAAGACCAUCGUCCUUCUAAGACAGCAGCAAAGUAACAGUAAAGGAAGCACCUUUGCCGAUGCUGAUGAAGAAGACGAUAUCGCUAGGCCGGACGGUCUUAGUUGAACUGACUAGAAGAAGAAAGCCGGCUGAUAAGAUGUGGCCCACCUAGAAGGGUGAUGUUAUGAUUACAUUUCGAUUAUCAUACGAUUUACAUGCACAAUAGUGAGAUUUGAUUUCUUAGAAAAUAGUU